AUGGCACCCAAGAUCGACCCCAACGAAAUCAAGGUAAGCUCAACCCCCUACGCCCAGCGCCUUGGAUCCAGCAAGGACGUAGGACUGCAUGGCCCCGUAGAGCGAUGGGUUUGAUGGGCUGGCGGGCGAGCGCGCCCGGGGUCAUGGGCGGGCGGGGCCCUACGAGAUUGGCUCGCCCGCCAAUUCGAUCCGGCUGCUGGCUGGGUGGUGUUGCGCUGUGCAGGGCUAACACGAGAUUUCCUGCGCCGUGCGUUGCGCACACCGACCCAUUCCCAUUCCCAUUCCCCCUCCCCCCUGCCUACCCUAGAUCAUCUACUUGCGAGCGACCGGUGGUGAAGUUGGUGUAAGUCAUUGAAUCCAAAUCGCUGUGUGAAGACCAAUGUAAGCUGACCGCAUUGCUUGGUCCGUUGGUCGUGCUCGCCGCGCCUUUCUCCUGGCGUCGCGCCUUUCCUUUGCCCGCCGCUCUCUCUGCGCUGGUCCCAUUCGAUCCACCCAGGCUUCGUCCGCCCUUGCUCCCAAGAUCGGUCCUCUUGGUUUGGUAAGUUGCACGCACUUUUGGACCCCACGACGGUGGUACUUCGCGGCAAUCGACACCGGACGGGGAUCAGCGUGCGGGAUGGGAUCGGAGGCGCGAGGGGUGCGAAUCGGAGGGUCGGUUUGAGGCCUUUCGGUGCAAGCGCAAGCUCGGGCGGCGGAUGGGGAGACGGAGCUGUGUGAAGGCAUUGACGACGAAAGAGACGAAUCAACGGAUGGGAAAGGAGUGGUGUAUGAGGUUGGGAUGAGCGGGGACGUAUGUCGACGAGUAGGGAUCGCCACGAACCGACACGACGCCACGCGGACCACAUAACUUCUGAAAGACGACAUGACCGUCUGUGUACUGACCUCAUCUUCACCCACUCCCACUCUCAGUCGCCCAAGAAGGUUGGAGAAGACAUCGCCAAGGCGACCGGUGACUGGAAGGGUCUUCGCGUCACGGUCCAACUGACGAUCCAGAACCGUCAAGCCGCCGUCUCGGUCGUCCCCUCGGCUUCGUCGCUCGUGAUCCGAGCAUUGAAGGAACCCCCACGUGACCGCAAGAAGGAGAAGAACAUUCGACACUCGGGCAACGUCGAGUUGGAUGCGUGAGUCGCCGAAUUGGACCUCCCGGCUUUUCUUUUGAAGAGGGCCCAGGAAAGCUGACGUGAAUUCGCUCGCGCCGUAUGAUUCCACUCCAGCAUCAUCGAUAUCGCGCGUACGAUGCGAUUCAAGUCGAUGGCCAAGGAACUUUCGGGCACGGUCAAGGAGAUUCUCGGCACGGCGCAAUCGGUCGGCUGCACCGUCGACGGCAAGCCGGCGCACACCAUCAUCGAGGGCAUCGACGAUGGCUCGAUCGAGAUCAGCGAUGAUUAA